CUGUGAUUGCUCAUUGACUGAUGCCCAUCCCUGAGCAGCAGCCCCCAGCCAGCUUCCCCCCCAGUUUAUAUCCUGAGCAUAGCACUGUAUGGUCUUGGAAUAUCCCUUUGGGAAGUGGGGGUCGCUGUCCCCACUGCGUCCCCUCCAAGCUCCUUGUGCCCCCCUCAUCCUCGCUGCUGCAGCAGUCUGGGUAGCUGAGAAGUCCUUGGCUCAGUGUAAACACAGCUCAGCUACAGCUACAACAUCCGUGUGUUAUCAGCGCUGUUCUCACCCCAAAUCCAAAACACGCUGCACCAGCGCCUGGGAGGAAAAUUAACUCUGUCCCAGCCAACAGCAGGCCACGGGCCAAGGCCAGGAGUAGUCCCAGGAGGUCUCCCGGCCGUUCGUGCUGCCAGGAGGAGAUGGAGCCGGGCUCGCUGGUGGCCCGCGGGGGCUGCCUGAGACCCCUGUGCAGGAACUUCUCCCGUGGGUUCUGCCGCUGGGGCCAGAGCUGCCGCUUCGCGCACGACAGAAAAUCAGCGCAGACCUGCAGGUACUUCCAGAGCGGGUUCUGCGGCUACGGCGAGCGGUGCAGCUACGAGCACAUCCGAGAGGAGCCAGUGCCGGUGGGGACCCGCUAUGGCCCCGUGCCCCCCGUCCCCCGCAGCUACUGGGGCUCGGAGCCCGCACCCAUGGCCACGGCCCGGGGCUGGGGAGGAGCCCGGCGCAGCUUGGCCCCCGCUGCCCCCAGCGUGGCACACGUGGCCUUCAAGUUCCCAAGCGUGGAGGCUGAGGAGAGGAAAGCCAAGGAGAAGAUCCCCGCGCAUGGGCAUGUCCCGCGUGGGGCCAUCGGCGGGGAGGCUGCUCCUGCACGAGCUCGGGGGGCCUCAGCAUCCAUCCUGCCUCUUGGAUGGAGGGGGGGGGGGAUGUGCUUUUCCCCUCUGAGAGCUCUCCUGCCUGCAGGCUCCCAGGCGCGAGUGCUGCACCUGGAUCCCAGCUCCUCUGACCCUGGGAAGGAGACGGGGACAAGGACUGACCUCGCAGAGGUCCCCAAGGAGCCGGGUGCUGCGGCAGCGCCGGUGUCCAGCGAGGCACUGAGGGCCCGCAGUGAGGCCGUGGUGUGCGGCAUCUGCAUGGACCGGGUGUACGAGAAGCUGCUUCCAGAGGAGCGGCUCUUCGGGAUCCUCCCCAACUGCAGCCAUGCGUACUGCCUGGGCUGCAUCCGCAAGUGGCGCCGCAGCCGCGACUUCCAGAGCACCGUCAUCAAGGCCUGCCCAGAAUGCCGCAUCACCUCCAGUUACUACAUCCCCCACAAAUACUGGGUCUCGGAGGGGGCUGAGAAGGAGAAGCUCAUCAAGGCCUUCAAGGCACGGACAGGGAAAAUCAGGUGCAAGUUCUUUGCCCAGAACCGCGGGUGCUGCCCAUUCAAGUCAGACUGCAUCUACCUGCACGAGCUGCCUGCCCGCCCGCCACCCCCACACAGGCAGCAGCACCCGAGGGGCUCCAGGCUGGGGUUCAUCCUAUCUCCUAUGCUGCAGGAGCCUUCUUUGCAGAGCUCUGACGAGGAAGACGAGGAGCUCUGCGUGCUGGAGUGGGCUCUCAGCCUGGCCAUGCUGGAGGCAGACUUCCGAUACUCCAGAUACAGCCACGAGAUGCUCCUGGUGGAAUUCAGUGACUCUGACUGAAGCCAUGGGGUGCCGCACAUGGGGUGCCCCACUGUUGGUGGCAAGGGAAUGUCCUCUGGGAGGGGGGAAGCAUCAGCUUUUGAUGUGUUGGGCUGCUUCCAACACUGAUUUGGGGUGCUGCACCCUGGAUGGGGUGGGAUGGGGAAAUCACCCCCGUGUUGAUGGACCCUCAGCAGGUCCCACAUCCCAUGGGAAGCCAGGGGGUGAUGGAGCUGGGGGGUUCUCAGUGCAACGGGCACAGACCCCCCCCUUCUCCUGCCCUCACCUUGGUGGUG